UCCCACUACGCAAUAUUACUAAUUAUAAACAAACAACCGUAUAAACAACAUCAUGAUAUUUGGUUUCGGAAGUUUCUCAAAAAGAGAUAAUACAGCAUCACCUACUCCUCCUCCCACUGCAUCAACGGGUCAAACCUCGGCUUCAAACCCAGGGGGUAACACCGGUGAAGAAUACAAUGCGGCCGCUGGUGGUGGUGGUGGUAACAAAUUUAUGCCUAGAGGCUUACAAAGUGCAGCUCCCACAACUGCAAUCACCAGCAACUCCAUGGUUUAUGGGACAACAUCAGUGAAAACGAAUAGCACCGGCUCAUAUUUUAAUCAAACAUUCAGAAGCGCAACAUAUUCCAAUACGAGCCAACCAAUAAUUAUAACCACCGAUGAAACUGGUCAAACUAUUAAUCCAAGUUCCAAGAAUUCACAACCAAAGGGUAAGCUUAAGGUUACUAUUAUAGAAGCAAGAGACAUUCACGCAAGUCAACCAUAUGUUGUGUGCACGUUUGAAAGUUCAGAAUUUGUUACCAAUGCACCUGAAUCAUUUGGUAACUCGCCAUCAAUUAAUGGACCCAAGAAUUUUGUCAAUUCAAACCAUGGUGCCAAGGCCUUGCCCAUGAAGAAUUCAAAUUCCAACCAAAGACCAUCAUUAUAUCAAAGACAAUUAUCCACACCCCAAUUAAAUUUAAACAAUGAAUCAUCCAAUCCAAUCUGGAACCAUGAUGCUAUAUUUGAUGUUGUUGGGUCCAAAUCGGAAUUAGAUAUCUCUGUGUAUGAUGCCGGUAGAGAUGAUGCAUUUUUAGGACAUGUCAGAAUAUCCCCUUCGACAAUUAUUAACAAGAAAAGUCCGAACCAAUGGUUGCAAUUAAAAGCAAGAAUUAUCGGUGAACGUGUAACCUCGGGUGCAAUUAACAUUAAGUGGGAAUACACUUCAUUAGAUGUCAAGAAAUCUUAUGGCCCUGAUGAUUUCGAAGUUUUGAGAUUAUUAGGUAAAGGUACUUUUGGACAAGUUUUCCAAGUGAAAAAGAGGGAUACCGAUAGAAUCUAUGCUAUGAAGGUAUUGUCCAAGAAGGUUAUUGUUAAAAAGAAGGAGAUUGCCCAUACCAUAGGAGAGCGUAACAUUCUUGUUCGUACUUCAGCAGCAGCAUCGCCAUUUAUUGUUGGAUUAAAAUUUUCAUUUCAAACACCAACUGAUUUGUAUUUAGUUACUGAUUACAUGUCUGGGGGGGAAUUAUUUUGGCAUUUGCAAAAGGAAGGUAGGUUUCCUGAAGAUCGAGCCAAGUUUUACAUUGCUGAAUUGGUAUUGGCAUUGGAACAUUUGCAUGAUAAUGACAUUGUUUAUCGUGAUUUGAAACCCGAGAAUAUCUUGUUGGAUGCGAAUGGACACAUUGCAUUGUGUGAUUUUGGAUUGUCCAAGGCCAAUUUGAACAAUGACGGUACUACAAACACAUUCUGUGGUACCACUGAAUAUUUAGCUCCAGAAGUGUUAUUGGACGAAUCUGGAUAUACUAAGAUGGUUGAUUUCUGGUCAUUGGGUGUAUUAAUCUUUGAAAUGUGCUGUGGAUGGUCGCCAUUCUAUGCUGAUAAUGUCCAACAAAUGUACAAGAAUAUUGCAUUUGGGAAAGUUAGAUUCCCCAAGGAAGUGUUGAGUCCCGAAGGUAGAUCAUUUGUUAAGGGGUUAUUAAAUAGAAACCCUAAACAUAGACUUGGUGCUACCAAUGAUGCCCGGGAGUUACGGGCACAUGCAUUCUUUGCUGAUAUCGAUUGGAACUUGUUGAAAGCCAAGAGCAUACCACCACCUUUCAAGCCACACUUAACCUCAGAAACCGAUACUUCAAACUUUGAUCCUGAAUUCACCAACGAGUCCACGUCAGUGUUGAAGAAACAGAUGGAGAUGGCAUCAACUCCAUUGUCGCCAGGGAUUCAAGCCAAUUUCAAGGGCUUCACCUAUGUUGAUGCUUCCACCAUGGAUGAUAAUUUUGCCAAAUCGUAUAGAAAUCCCUUCAAGGGGCCUGGAUCAUUCAUACCUGGUAAUCCAAACUUGCCACCGGAUGAAGAUGCCAUUGAUGAUGAUCAGAUAGCAGAAGAAGAUGAAAUGGAAAUUGACGAAGAUCACCAAAUGGAAUACGAGUUUGUUAGUGGUAGAUUUGAUCUUUAAUCCUUGUUUAUUACUUAUUUUUGUCUUGUUUUAUAUUUCAUGUUGUCUGUAUUUUUUUUUGCAAAGAACAUACUUUUAUUUCAUAACUACUCUUAUAUAUUAAAUAUCACAUUAAGUUUUAAUAA